CGUGUUUGCAAACGUGACACUCGAGGAGCGCGAGCAGCACUCACUGAGCACUGGCAGACCGGGAGACGCUGGUCUUUGACACCGUGAACGGAACCCUUAUCUCUGCCACUAAAACCACUGCUCCUCUCCUAAAAACACAAUGUCUGCCUCCCGUACAGUCAUAUGUUUACUAAGAAAUGACCUGCGACUGCAUGACAAUGAGCUUUUUCACUGGGCUCAAAGAAAUGCAGAGUACAUUGUCCCCUUGUACUGCUUUGACCCCAGACAUUAUGUGGGAACGUACACCUACAACCUGCCAAAAACUGGGCCUUUCCGCUUGCGCUUCUUACUAGAGGGUAUUCAGGAUCUCAGGAACACACUGGUCAACAAGGGCAGCAACCUGGUAGUGAGACGAGGAAAGCCAGAGGAGGUAGUCGCUGACCUCAUCAAGCAGCUGGGCUCUGUCAGCACCGUGGCUUUCCAGGAAGAGGUAACCUCGGAAGAGCUGAAUGUGGAGAAAAGAGUAAAGGAUGUCUGUGCUCAGAUGAAGGUCAAAGUCCACACCUGCUGGGGGUCUACGUUGUACCACAGAGAUGAUCUGCCAUUUCCACACAUGUCCAGGCUGCCUGACGUGUACACACAGUUCAGGAAGGCAGUGGAGACCCAGAGCAGGGUGAGGCCUUUGUUCCCGACCCCAGAACAGCUGAAACCUCUCCCACAAGAACUGGAGGAAGGAACCAUUCCUACAGCGGAAGAACUUCAGCAGACAGAGCCUGUGAAUGAUCCUCGCUCAGCGUUUCCUUGCAGUGGUGGUGAGAGUCAGGCUCUGGCCAGACUCAAACACUAUUUCUGGGACACUAAUGCAGUGGCAGCUUACAAGGAGACUCGUAAUGGCUUAAUUGGCGUGGAUUAUUCCACUAAAUUUGCACCCUGGCUGGCAAUGGGUUGCAUUUCCCCAAGGUAUAUCUAUCAUCAGAUCCAGCAGUAUGAGAGGGAGCGAACAGCCAAUCAGAGUACAUACUGGGUCAUUUUUGAACUCUUGUGGAGGGAUUACUUCAAGUUUGUUGCUGCCAAAUUUGGAAACAGGCUGUUUCAAGUUGAAGGCCUUCAAGACAAAUCAGUGCCAUGGAAAAAAGAUAUGAAGCUUUUCAAUGCCUGGAAAGAAGGACGAACUGGAGUUCCCUUUGUGGAUGCCAAUAUGAGAGAGCUGGCAAUGACCGGAUUUAUGUCCAACAGAGGGCGGCAAAACGUUGCAAGCUUCCUGACAAAAGACUUGGGUCUGGACUGGAGGAUGGGAGCUGAGUGGUUUGAGUAUCUCCUGAUUGACUAUGAUGUCUGCAGUAAUUACGGCAACUGGUUAUACAGCGCUGGAAUAGGAAACGACCCCAGAGAGAACAGGAAGUUCAACAUGAUCAAGCAAGGUCUUGACUAUGACAAUAAUGGUGACUAUGUGCGCCAGUGGGUUCCUGAGCUGCAGGGCAUCAGAGGAGCAGACAUCCAUACACCCUGGACCCUCAGCAGUGCCGCCCUGUCACACGCUCAAGUUUCCCUCGGUGAGACGUACCCAACCCCCAUCGUCAUGGCGCCUGAGUGGAGCAGACAUGUUAACAAGAAACCGAGUGGACCAGGUCCUUCACCCAGAGGAAAGAAAGGCCCAUCUCACACUCCAAAACAACACCGGGACAGAGGCAUUGAUUUCUACUUCUCCAGGAGCAAAAACCUGUGACCUGUCUCAAAGCUGCAGCACUAAUGUAUGCUCAGGGGACAGGAGCUUCAGUGAUGCAAGCUUGGACUGUUGCUGUAAAUGCCAUGAUGCAAACUGACAUUAGUAGAGGGAAGCUCUAAUGAGGAUUUGAGGAAGUGCUUAUUUCCAACACAUUAAUACUUGAACUUGGCUUAUCUAUGUAUGCUAUCAGAAAAUAAGCCUCAUUAUGCACCAUGGACUCAUUUCUGUUUCCUGUUAUGCUGCAGCAACACUGAAAGCCACUGUGUGGUUUUCAGUUUGGGAAAUCAGUUACAUUCAUCUUUCUGCUUGUGUUUUUGAAAAAUUGUCUUUCUUGCAUUUUUGUUGUUUAUUUGGAAAUACAUCUGUUAUGGCUUUGCUGUUAUUUUCAGAGUUUGCCUAUUUAUAGCUGUUACAAAAUAAACUGUAUUAAUUUUC